AUGCCGGACUCAUCGCAGACCCCAGCCGCCACAGCAUUGCUCAAUCUCGACCAUGAGAUCAAGACAGCUUCCGAGGAGAGACUACGCGCACUGUUGUUGUCCAUCUGCAAUGAGAUCCCCGAAGCACACAAAAAAGCCGUGAAAGAGCUGUUUGUAGACAGCUCUAUUGUCAAAAACGUCCCUGGACAAAUCGCAGGCACCAAGCGCCCUGUUUCGCGGUACGAGCGUUGUGGAAACUGCAAGGAAGAGUUCGAUGUUACGGAGAACUCGAAGACGAGUUGUCGAUAUCACCCCGGAUAUGCGUUCCCCGAUGAAGAACUCUUUGCUGAUCACGAUGAACCGUUGGAGAUCCUAGAUAGUGAUGACUAUCGCAAAAGCUACCCUGAAAACUUCAUCUUUGAUUGUUGCGAUGGGAAUUUGAUGGAUGAUAUUGGAUGCGAGGUGGAUUGGCACCGGUCGCUGGAAACAGCGGACAUCUCGAAAAGAACGAGACUCGACAUGUUGAAGGAAUAUGACGAUCAAAGUUCAUCCGAGUAUGAAUCAGAAUAG